AAUCGUACGUUAUUAGAAAUUCAACAUAUUCAGAUCAGAUUUGAGAGAGCCACAUUCUGUUUCUCUCAAGAAAAUCUUCAUAGCUAGCCAUGAAGCUAUAUUUUCUUUCACUCUUGUUCUUCUUUUCGUUAAUCCUAGCAUCAUCCACACCAGCAUCAGCUUUCUUUGUUGUCAACCUCACAAAUUACCAUCAGAUCGAGCUCCCAAAAAGCGUAGUUGGUCCGGAAAGCAUUGCGUUCGACUGCCGUGGAAAAGGACCUUAUGUUGGAGUUUCAGAUGGAAGAAUUCUCAAAUGGCAAGGGCCUUGCCGGGGCUGGACGGAGUUUGCCUUUACCUCCCCAACCAGGCCAAGGAAAAUAUGUGAUGGUUCAACCGAUAAUACGACUGAACCAAUAUGUGGAAGGCCACUAGGCUUGAAGUUCAACCCAAAAACUUGUGAACUCUAUAUAGCAGACGCCUACUUCGGGCUGUUAAAGAUAGGUCGCAAUGGUGGUCGUCCUCAACAACUUGCCACUUCCCUAAAUGGAGUCCCUUUCCGUUUUCUGAAUGCUCUGGACAUUGAUAGUCAAAGUGGAAUUGUUUAUUUUACAGACACCAGCACAGUUUACCAAAGAAGGUUGUGGCCUUUGUCAAUUGCCACAGGUGACAAAACCGGAAGGUUAUUGCAAUACGACCCUUGUACAAAGAAGGUGACUGUGUUGCUCGAUAACUUGGCUUUUGCAAAUGGUGUGGCUCUAAGCGAGGACAGUUCUUUCCUCCUAGUAGCCGAAUCCGCCACAUUCAAAAUCUUCAAGCUUUGGCUUCGAGGACCCAAAGCUUACGACGUAAAACUCUUCACUCAACUGAAAAGGCCAGCCGAUAACAUUAAGAGGACCAACGGUGGUGAAUUUUGGGCUGCGCUCAAUAGUCUAAGAGGAUUACAGGGUAACCAGACUUCUCCAUCCUUGUGGUUGACGAAAGAUCCGGUGGGAGUGAAGUUUGAUGAACAAGGAAACGUAAUGGAGGUGUUAGAUGGAGAGGGUGGUCCGACGCUUGAGUCCAUUAGUGAGGUUGAAGAACACAACGGAAAGUUGUGGAUUGGAUCGGUAGUAAAGUCCUAUGUUGGAGUUAUCAAGUCAUAGAUAAUAUAUCCACAUGCACUCUAAGCAAUCAAAUUGACGCAUUGUGAAACCUCAUUUAUAUUAUUUUCACAUGAGACGAGUUCAAUAAAAAAACAUUAAUGCAUUACUUAUUUGCA